UGCGACCGCGCCCGCAUGCGUGCACGAUCCCACGAUCGCGACCAAGUGUGAACUGUGCUAAAUGGAACUGACCAGUCAAUGUUAAAGAAACAAAGCUACGAGGAUAAAGAAGUGAACAUGGCGAUACAGAGUGUUUCCAAAUACCCGAGCAGCCCGGCCGAAGCCACGGAACCACCUAAAACGUCCAGGAUCAGCUUCAGCGUUGCCUCCAUUCUGGCAGAUAAGAAGGCCGGUUCGCCUGAUGAAACAGCAGAGAUGAUCAGGCAUCAUAGGAGUAUUCCAGAGUCUCCGUUAAGACAGUCACCGUCGGCUCAGCCUGAGCUUCCUGGCGGCAAGAGUUUGUCUCCAAGGCCGUCAUCUCAAACGCCUCCGUUAAAUCUAAAUGUAUCAGCGACGGUGACAUCGUCGGAUGAUGAAUAUGAAGAUUCGGUAAACCAAGAAGACUCAAUUGUAGACGUAGAAGAUUUGCAAAACGGGGCACAGAGUGAGGACGAGGAGAGAUCGACUGCGAACGAGAAGGAGCGUUUAGGAGUGGUCCGGCCGACGCCGUUCAGCGCAUUGGCGGCGGCGGCGGCAGCUUACCACGGACUCGGCUGGCCUGGUCAUCCCUCUGUCGUGCCUUCGUUCGGACCACUCUUCCAGUCACAUUUUCCCGUAGGACACUUAACAGAUGCAAACGGUGAACCACCAAAACUCAAGUGCCACUUGCGAAAACACAAGCCGAACCGCAAGCCGCGCACGCCGUUCACGGCGCAGCAACUGCGCGCACUUGAGAGCAAAUUCGUGGACAAGCAGUACUUGAGUAUUGCUGAGCGAGCCGAGUUCUCUUCUUCGCUUGGCUUAUCUGAGACUCAGGUGAAAAUCUGGUUCCAAAACCGCCGGGCGAAAGCGAAGCGCGUGCAGGAGGCGGAGAUUGAGAAGUUGAAAAUGGCGCAAUUCUCGCGUCAUCCGCACCACCUGUACCCCCACCCCGCGCUGCAGCAGUACUUCCACCCGCACCCCCUCAUGCCCCCACGAGCGUUCGGCCUCCCGCCCCCUCAUCUAGCCAUGGUUCAACCACCUGUGUCCGCCGGAUCACCAUCCCCAAGCACUCAGACUAGCAAUCAACCGUGAAUUUGAAUAUCGAGCGCUUUUAAAAAUGGCGUCGUGAAUUUAAAAUUUGAAAUUCGAACUCUUAGUUUAACAAUUUAUGGACAGAGUACGAUUGAAAUAGAUCGUAUAUAAAAAGAUUAUGUUUUUGAAUGGUACUGAUCUUCGAAAUAAGUUUGAUGAUAAGAAUUUGUAAAUUAUUUGUAAAUAUUUGUCUUUAAUUUUAGAUAAAAAUGGUUAAUGAAAUUGUAAUGAAUAAAAAUUAAUGUAGAUUUUUAAUUUUUACCAAAUACUUAAUCGUUUUUUCAAUCGGAAUUUUUUGUAUUAAUUUUUGGAGUACAAAAUUUUUGUUUACCAGAUAAUUGAAAUAGUGCUAAAGUGUAUAA